AUGGAACAAGAAGAUAAGCGGGGAGUGUGUGAAACCCAAGACUUGAAGGGCAAAGGAAUGGGCUCCGAUUUUGAGAAUUCAGAGGACAGGGAAGGGGAUCCAGAAGAAAAAGGGACACAGGACACAGAUGAAAGAGAGGAGCACUCUGAGAAAGAGAUGGGAUCCAACUCACAGGAUGAAGAUUUACGGAAAGUCAUAAAGGAGAGGGAAGUGGUGCCCAACACCUGCACAGGACAGCUGCUGGUUGAAGAAGGGAUUGCUCUCCAGGAGGAAGAGGAUAGCCAACCUGGUGUAGCUGACUUGCCGACGUUUCCAGGAAUGUCUGAGACCGACAGCAUAUCCCGGAGUCCCCUGGAAGAGGAAGAGGAGAGUGUUGGGGAGAACCCGCUGGAGGAAGAAGAGGAGCAGCCGCCCCCUUCAGUUCUACCCUGGAGGCGGCACCUUUCCUUGGGGAGUAGGCAGCGGGGCGACAAGCUUGCUCACCGCCGCUUCCGCCGGCUCCAUCAUCCCGUGGCCAUGGACCUGGGGGAGCUCGACAGCCUGGUGGCCAGCAUCAUGGAGGCGCCCACCAUCUGCCCUGACUGUGGGGAGAGCUUCAGCCCUGGCACUGCCUUCUUGCAGCAUCAGCGCAUCCACCGCCUGGCUGAAGCGGCUGCAGCAGCGGGCCUGGAGUCCUUCGACUUUUCGGGAGAGUGCGGUGCUGUGGUGGGGAUGAUGGGAGUGGGCAUGGCGGGGAGCUUCGGAGCGGGGCCCGCGCUAGCCCGGCCCCCGAGCGAGAAGCCCUUUCGCUGCGGAGAGUGCGGCAAAGGUUUCAGCCGUAACACGUACCUCACCAACCACCUGCGCCUGCACACGGGCGAGCGCCCUAACCAGUGCGCCGACUGCGGCAAGAGCUUCAGCUGGCGCGCCGACCUGCUCAAGCACAGGCGCCUGCACACGGGCGAGAAGCCCUAUCCAUGCCCGGAGUGCGGCGAGGCCUUCAGCCUCAGCUCGCACCUGCUGAGCCACCGGAGAGCGCACGCAGCAGCCAGCGGCGCGGGGGCGGCAGCGCUACGUCCAUUCGCCUGCGGGGAGUGCGGCAAAGGCUUCGUGCGCCGCUCGCACCUGGCGAACCACCAGCGCAUCCACACGGGCGAGAAACCGCAUGGCUGCGGCGAGUGCGGCAAGCGCUUCAGCUGGCGCUCAGACCUGGUGAAGCACCAACGCGUGCACACGGGCGAGAAACCCUACAUGUGCUCCGAGUGCGGCGAGACCUUUAGCGUGAGCUCGCACCUCUUCACGCACAAGCGCACGCACUCGGGCGAGCGGCCUUACGUAUGCCGCGAAUGCGGCAAGGGCUUCGGCCGCAACUCGCACCUGGUAAACCACCUGCGUGUGCACACGGGCGAAAAGCCAUUCCGCUGCACCCAGUGCGAGAAGCGCUUCAGCGAUUUCUCCACGCUCACGCAGCACCAGCGCACGCACACGGGCGAGAAGCCCUACACGUGCAUCGAGUGUGGCAAAAGCUUCAUCCAGAGCUCUCACCUGAUCCGCCACCGCCGCAUCCACACGGGCAACAAGCCGCACAAGUGUGCUGGCUGCGGCAAGGGCUUCCGCUACAAAACGCACCUCGCGCAGCACCAGAAGCUGCACCUGUGCUAG